AUGACGGAGACUCUCUUGGUGGCAGGCAGCAACUCGGGCUAUCAAUUGGGUGUCGGUCACGAUCAAGACGUCAGGACGCUGCAACAGGCACUGUGCCAGAUCGGUCCGGACACGCAAGACGUUGCGUCGUUUCCUCCCAUCGGAUGGUCCGUAGUCGACGUAUCUUCUGGCGCGAACCACACGCUUGCGCUGGUGGAGUCGGAUGCAGCCGACCGUGAUGCUCCUGAGCAGGGCGCAAGGAAAGAGGUCUGGAUCGCUGGCACAGGGUCCCAAGGACAGCUCGGACCCGCCCACUCGACGUCGGAGAGCAGGCCGCUGAAGGUGUUCACUCGUCUCGAUUUGAAAGCUUGUCUGGAGGAUUGUGACGGUGUUUCACCGACACUCUUGUCACAGGUCUCGCCCGAGCCGAAAAGGAUCGUCUGCGGUUGGAACUGCAGCUACAUCGUCCUUGCGUUUGGCGAGGUUGACCGCCUCGAUCACUCGCGACAGGACGUGCUGGUCUCCUUUGGCUUGCACCGAGACAACACCUUUGGCGAGCUGGGAUGCCAGCCGAGAUCGCCGUCGAACACAGCCGGAUUAAGCGUGCACGAAGUCUCAUUCGCGAGUGCUUUGACAGAAGCAGGUCUCGACGCUGACGUGCCCUUCGACAUUGUCGAUGUCGCGGCAGGAUUGAGACAUGGCGCAGCAAUCCUUUCAGUCGGAGCGAAAGUCCGUCAUCAGAGGCGAAUCAUCUUGGUCGGAUGGGGCUCCACACGACAAGGUCAGGUCGGCCGUGUUCCGGAACGACCGCCGAAGCAGCCGGGUCCAUCGAAGCGGCCUGGUUCGGCCACGGCUACCAUCGUGUCGGAGCCGCAAAUCGUGUUCGACUGGAGCAUGGCGGACAAUGGCGGAUUCCGAUGCAAGCUCCGAGCAGGAAAAGAUCACACUGUCGUGUUGCUGCAGCGAUCAAGCAAGGAGGAGGACAUCGAGCUGCAUUCCAUCGGGUCAAAUAAGCAAGGCCAGCUGCUCGAUACGUCUGUGUUGUUACAACACAAAUCUGCUCUCGAAGACGUUGUCGAUGUCAGCUGCAAUUGGAACGGAACGCACUGUCUCGUCCAUCGCAAGGAUGGAGAACAGGUCAUCUUGAGCUGCGGCAACAACAGUCGUGGACAGUUCGGCAAUGCAAAGACGACGGCUAGGGUCGAGGCAGAUCGGCUCACUUCUACCGAUCUCACGACGAUCUUACAGCAGGCUUCAUCCAAUUCGACGACGACAUCAAGCAAGACCGCUUUGCAAAAGCUGGUCUCCGGCAGCGAGCAUUCGUUGCUCCUUGUUGAACGUCGACCUACUACCGUCGGCACGCCGUUGAACGACUCAAACGGAGGACCGAUUGUGGAUCGGCAGGUGUGGGGAUGGGGAUGGAAUGAGCACGGUAACCUGGCGCAGGGUCCACACGACGAAGCGGACCGUCACUGCCCAACGCUGUUGCUCGACGGAACGCGGUCCGGUGCCGCCCAGCAGCAGAAUGCUUACACGCCCUUGAAUAUCUGGGCUGGGUGCGGGACGAGCUUUUUGCUCGUUGAAAGCACAGACAACAAGCAAAUUGGUUCUGCUAUAGAUUGA